AGUUAACCGUUUACAGUUUUACUUAGAGUCUAUACCCUCGCAAAUACCGGGUGUUUCAUGUAACACGAGCGAAUAAUUAAACCAUAUAUUGUACUCCUAAAACGAUAUAGCUUUCGAAGGAAUUUUGAUUAACAACUUUUAAAAAUUAUGAAAUCUUUAGAUUUUAUCUUUUUCAUACAAAUUUAAUAUUAUUUUUAAUGUACGCUGACAUCAGUGUGUUUGACGUUGCUUGUCAUGCUUCAAACGUAACAAAAUUCGCAAUACAUUGCUUCUUAGAAUUAACAAUGUGUAAUAAAAAUUAAAACAUAAGUUAUUUUUAAUAGUUGCUGAACAAAUGUUGGUGAGUUUGAGGAGUACAGCUUACAGUAAAAAUUUUUUUUUGCUCCUGUUACAGGAAAAACCCGGUAUUGUCUAGGUUCCAAGGGAUUUUUUUCAAUGGGCACAUGCCCUUGAUGAAAACGUUUAAAAAUUCAAUAUAGGUACUUAAACACUGCAUAUUUUCCUUAACUCCCUCUUAUCAGGAAAAUAAUAGAUACAACAAUAACUGUCCUCAUGAAGUGCAACACUUCUAUAAUUUUAGUAUUGGAAAAUGAAUUAUCUAUUUAAAUGUAAUUAUUAUACUAGAGCGUUUCAUAGGCUGCGGAAGUUAUAACUUUCUAAUUAAAUACUACAAUUAGCACUUUUAUUGGCAAUGGGUUUGCGUUCAUUUAUUACUAUCAUACAGUAAAGCCUUUUAGGAUACUUCAGUUAACAAUAAAGUCGCAUAGCUUCAGACGCGAGUCUCUGUUCGCUAAGUACUCUUUUCAUAAUCCAGUAAAGGCACCGUGGCGCGGCUCGAUACGAUUGUGCAACGUCGCCGGCAGGGCAGACUGCUAAGUGCUACAAAUCCUCAGUCCAGUGUCCCGCUACCUCGCGGCACACUCCUCUAACUCGGAACAAAUAGUUAUGUACUCGUAAACCUCGCAGUGAUGGCAACUGUUGGCAUAAUUUCUACCAUCGCAAUAUUUCUCCUAAAUCAAGUUAAGGCCGCGCAAAUAACGGAAACAGAGUUGAAUCCAGCGCUCGAGGUAAACACGUUACCUGAAGUCUUCACAGACGCCAUUUUUGCCUUGCAAAUCCGACAGAUCCGGGCGACAUCGGAAGCGACGCCCGCGGCCUCCGCCGGAAACAAUCUAAAUGUCGUUGGCGCCAACGUACCGGGCGCACAGCUACAGUCGGAGAAUUACCAGGCAAUUCCAACAAUUUACUCACAGCAAAACAAAAAGGCAAUAGAAAAGAAAUAUAACGAUGAAGACGAAGGAAACGUCAAUUUACAAGCCUUUGAUCGAAAUGCCGGGGCAAGAGAAAUGAAUGCAGACGGCACUAUUAUUAAACCUCUGGCUUUAGUUUGGGAUAGUUGUAUGGAAACAAAUUUCAGAGAUAAUCAAAGAAUAUCGAUCCAGCCCCUACUGGAUAUGAAGGAUGCCGAAAACGAUUCACAGUUCCAAAAGAAUAGGCAAAUUGGAAGUAUAUGGAGCGAAGGAUUGAGCAAAAGAGACGCCGAUAGCGCAAAUAACUCAUCGGCAAUAAAGUCUUGGAUAGAAAAAUACAACAGCUUAAGGACUAGAACUACCAAUGUUCAAUUUCGUAAAUCGGAUUCGUUGCUAAUAAGGAAAAUAGAGAAACCGACAAGUAUGGAGAUCUUAUCGACUACUAUGAAAAUGAUACCUAUAACGCGGGAAUUAUUCAAUGAACCCACAGAAAUGUUUAACAUAUCAGUCGAUGUUGUAGUGACUGAGAACAACAUUCGGGCAAGUUACACUGAAGAUUGGUUCGAGCCGAAGGACAGGACUAAGAUAAGAUUCGGCUUGCAGCCUCAGUCGGAGACAUAUUUGAUACCGACGCUAAUGCCGGAAGAGGGGUUCUAUCCUUUCGGGUUUAUGUCACAGUUUUUCGCCGUCAUUUACCCGUUUGAAUUUCCAGUUGGUCUUGUCAAGGAUAUCGUAUGGGGACAGUUUUCAUUUCCUUACUCAUUUUUACAGUCGAUCAAAGUGGAAUCUACAUUCCUAGCAGUCAUAGUGAUAUUCUCAUGCAUAGCGUUCAUUAUACCGGCGUACAUGUUGAUACUGGCAAUACUAUCACUGUUCUCAAAAUCUGGCUGCGAUGACGAAACAGAAACUGGUGCUCUAUUUCCUGAUGAUGAAGAUUCAGAUUACAAUGGCCGAGUUUUGGUGGUGCUUACUCUAUUUUUGACACUAUUUUGUUGCGUAUUCAUAUCAGGCAUGACGCUGAGCAACGAGCAGGCUGCUGACGCUGCCGCUGACAGCCGAAACAUAGUGAGCUGCGCGUGCGCGGACAUAGCGACUUGGCUGGCGGCGUCGGCGCGCGAGCUACACCACACUCUGGUGCCGCCUAUGGAUACCGUAGUCCAUGCUUAUAGACAGGAUUUGAGAAACGUGGGCCCUCUCCUCGGGGAGCCGGUUCAACAAGCCAUCGCGUCUGAGAGCGGUAUCGACUUAGUGUUCGAUUCGUUGGCUGACAUCAUCUCAGAGAGCGAAGAUAUCGCUACAAAAAUUGCUUCCCUCCGCGACGUCAGUAUCAGGGCUGGAGCGCUGGCUUCCACCGCAUCAGAUCGAAUAAGGGACUUAACCAAACAGCUGGAUAACCUGAAGAAGCACUGCACUUCUAAAGACGCUCCACUCUGUGAUACUAUUAACACGAAUUCGUUGGAGAUACAACUAAAAUUCGACUUGGUACUCCGUGAACAGCAGCUUCUCGAGCUGCGCACUUUAGGAGUGGAGAAUCUGACUCGUGCCAUAUCAAACGCUCGGCAGGAGUUCAGAACGCUACCGCAUGCUAUAUCCACGCAGACGACGCAAAUCAGGGAAGCAAUUCUUCGCGACAUUGAAGCAAAGAGACAGAUAUUACAAAGCGCCGUACGGAUACUAAGUGACAUGGUGCGCCAUCUAACGGCGGGGCUCCACAGCGUCGUGAGGCAGUUUGAUUCCGCGCUUGUCAGGAUGCAAAAGUACGAGUUCUGGAGAUGGACUAUUUUGUUGGCAUGCGUGGUGACCGUAGGCUUCGUGAUGAUGCUCGUACUACUCGCUCUGAUGUGCGGUUGCGGCAACAGUAAAGAGCUUGCUAAACGAACUUUACAAAUAUCGGCUGUCUGGAUGUGCGCCGUGUCCCUUGUUUUAUGGGGCGUGAUAUCCGCCAUUUUUGUUAUUGCGGGACAUGCUGAGGUUUUUGUGUGUCGCGCUCUUUGGGACACGCCGCAAUACCAAACUUUAUCAGCACUCCUGGACCGACCCUCGCCUUUGCUUACUGAUAAAAAAGGAAUUUUCGAUGCGUUAUUCUCGGAUCUCGAGAAUGUUACUAUUGAUGUGUCCGUGAAAGAUGUCCUUAGGGAUUGCGAAAAGGACCGGCCGGCGUAUAUAGUGUUUCAAUUGGACAAAGUUUUGGACGUCAAUAAAGAGACGUCAUAUUUUGAAUGGGACCAACUGCAGAUGGACUUAGAAGGUCUGACGUCAUCCAUUGAUGUCAGGUUCUUGAAAACAAUUUCUGUCAAUUUUAACAAACUGCUGAAUAGGAUUUUGCAGGUGUCUGAUGUAAAUUUAUCGAAAUACAGGAUGGAAUACAACGGGCCGGUUGUUGGCAAAGAUUUGCCCUCUUUAGUGGAUCAGUUGGAGAACAUUGGAGCACAAAUAUCGGACUUGACGACAGCUGGUAGAUUAGAAACUUUGGCAACAAGAACAAAACGGUUGCACAUCACGAAUGUAAAACCACUAGAACAGCUCCGAGCGGACGUGGUGUAUAAACUGACAGAGCUGGAGCUUCAGCUGUUGCCGUUUAGGAGAAAGCUGAACAUAUCACUGAGCCACAUCUAUACUGCGCAAUACUAUAUCGACAAUCAGGGAGAAACCAUUGCUCAUAAGAAAGUAGCAAUGUACGUAUCUCGGUUGGUUUCCCAUGUGGCCGGGUGGCGAACCCAUGCGCUUACAGCAGCCGGAAAGCACGCGGCGCGUUGCCGACCCCUUUUCACCGUCUACGAAGCCGCUAGGUCUUUGCUCUGUACUAGAUACAUCGGGUCUUUGCACGGUUGGUGGUUUUGCGGUCUCCUUUUAGGUGUAACUUGGUGCACAUUCCUGACUCCACUCAGUGUGAAGCUGUGGCGAGCCUACGGACGGAAAAUAAGGGCUCGGGAUGCCCUGAACCUUACUACCUUGGGAUCAGGUCAACAAGAGACACCGACAACGGCGCUAUGCGAGGGUAGCAAUUGGAAUACACCAGGGCCGCCCCUAAGAAAUGAUAGCUGGUGAUGGGAUAUAAGAACUUAACCGUUUUUUCACCUAAAAGUAAAACGCAGAAGCACAAUGGUAACACUUAUACCCAAAAGUUGUUCCUUGAUAACUGCCAAACUAAGAGUCACUGAAAUAAUCUUAAAGAUUUUAUAGGUAGCGUUCGUCUUGCGUUUGCAUUUAUUUCGCGAGGUGGAGAGCAGAGUGUCAUAUUUAGGCCUAGCCAUGACUUUGAGGCCUUAUAAAUCAGCUAAGAGGCUGAUUUUUAUGAUAUCAAAUCAUAUUUAACUGUAUCGUAUAUAUGUAGAUAGUGUCAUUCACGACGACGCAUGUUAUUGCCAUGUUAUUAAAGGUUAGAUUUGACAAAUCUGCGCGUCAUCGUGGAUGACACGAACUGUAUUGCAUGAUAUAAUAUAUAUGAUACUGAUGUUGGUUAUUUUACUUGUAUAAUUUGGUUAUUUAUUUUUAAAUCUAUGUUGUCGAAAUACGUUUUGCCAA